AACCAUUAUCAGUGGAACUUUUAAUCCAAUACAAGAGAAUGUCGGGUCGCAACUUCACGAUUUCGUCAUUGCUUGACUCCAAUGAUGACAACACACGGCGGGCGGCUGGUGGUAAUAGCUCUCUGGCAGCCCCUCCACCAGUAGCAGCCACAAGUCACUUACAGCCACCACCACCAACAGAAGUCAAGUCACGGUCUACGAGCCCUCUAGCCCCUUCGAAGAAGGAGACUAUUCCUUUGACAAUGAAUGCCGCUCAAAUGGCCCCUCUGGCCGUUUCACAGUAUCAAUUGGCUCCAAUGACCCUGCAUGGACUGGCGGCGAUACUGCCAGGACGAACAACACCACAACAACAACAAUUAUCGUUUCAAACAGACAAUACCGCAUCACAAAGACAGAUAAUGUCUCAGCCGCCCAAGCCGAUUCUUGUGGAUGACCGAACAGAGGUCAUCGUUGUGGAAGAUGAAGAAAUGCCCGGGUUAGGACCCCCUAACAGGAGGGCCGCUCCAAAGAAGAGAGCUGGUAACAACAAUACCACUAGCACUUCUACUGGUUCUAUUUCUCUACUGGGUAGCGUGGUUCCCACGCCUCCAGGAGGGCCCGUUGGAAUGCUUCCAAAACUUAUUCCAAAGCCAUUAUCACAAGGUUCGAGCUCACCAACACCAAGUGUUUCAUCGUUCCAAGCUCGUCCUACAAACUCGACAGGUCCUUCUAAUGCCACUGGGGCAACAGGAGACGCAAUCUGGCUGUUCCAGUCAAGUUUCCAGUUAAAUGGUGGCAAUGGAGCUGCUUCGUCACCAACCCCUGCCACACCUACUCCAAACAAGGCAAGUAUCAAUUCUAUAAUAAAUGUUGAGGAUGCGCCAGAUCGAAGUCCAUCUGUAGAAGUGGCUGCUCCAAAGAAAAAAAGGGCACCCAGAAGGAAGAAGGAAGAUGGAGAGGCACCGGCAACUAAGAAAAGGAAACCCGCAGCCACUGCUGCGAAUACCGCUACUGCGGGUGCUGGACUCGAAACAGUUAUUGAAGUUACUGCAAAUGCUACGCCACCUCCAGGUGAGGAACAAAAGAAGGCGCGUGCCAAACCAAAACCAAGAAAGAAGACUCCAGAUACAGCAGCCACUACCAAUGCUGUAACUUCUUCCACGACAUCUGCAGGUUCAUCUACUUCUAAAACAGUAACCACUGUUCCUGAGAUUACACCAGCUCCAGAAAUUCAACCAACACUGACGGCAGAACGUAAUUCCAAAGCUGGAUCUUCCGUUCCAAAUCCUACUGUAGUUGAAAUUGGGAAAAAGGAAUCAUCUCCAAAUCUGGCCGUAGCAACCACUGGUACUACCAGUAAUGCAGUUUCUUCGACUACUGCUACUACGGCGCCAGUGGUACCUGCAUCGGCACCUCCCCCAGUUGAAGCACCAAUAAUAGCAUUGAACAUUCCCCUUCUCGAUCCUAAAAAUCCAAAACCUGGCCAAGCACAAGUGGUGGUUAAUGUUCUCAAAUUGGCCGAAGAAAAGUAUGGCUGGGCUGUAAUGCAUCCCAAUGCUAAAUCGGCCAUCGAUUUAAUGGAUGACAUUAUGGACGAUGAUGAAGAUGCUGCUGAUGAGGACGAUGACGAAGAAAAGGCUGCCCCUACCCUUAAUGAGGAAGUUUCCAAAAAGGAUACCCCAGAGCUCACAGAAGAGCAACUUGUUCGUCAGCAUGAGGUUAAAAUGAACCGUAAGGUUGGUAAAUAUGACUAUGAAGAUCCUUUCAUAGAUGAUGUGGAGCUUCAAUGGGAAGAGGAGAUCACUUCAACGAAGGACGGAUUCUUUGUAUAUUGGGGUCCUUUAGUAGAGGACCGUAAUGCACCCACUGCAAAAAAGGCAGGAGGGAAAGCCAAGAAGUAAGAAAAUUUAUUCAACAAAAGGUUUAGCCAUAGUUUUCAAUUUGACUCCAAGUGUUGCGGACUCUGAUCUUGGUGUUUGUGAAAAGAACAAUGUAUGCCGCCACAUCGAGACGUGUCUCUAGUUGCAGUAUAAAAUCUCAAUUAUAAAAGGCGCAUUUAAUUAGGAUGGCCAAUAUAGUCGUAUCCAGAAGGA